UUUCAAUAAUCAGUCUUCUGAAAAACUUGCCAGCGGUAUUAAGUCUAAUACAUUUAGUUAAAAAAUGUAUCGAAGGAGUUCAGACGGUUACUUCGAAAAUAGUAUAGACGAAGAAUACGUAGUGAGGAAACGAAGAGGCAAGAAAAAAGGCAAAGGUAAUGUGAAUUUAAAAUCAAACAAAGUGCCCACAGCCGAAGAUAGCGAUGCCAAUAUGGAGGAACUAGAAAAUGAUGAUGAAAAAUCAACAAGUGAUGUAGAAUCAAUAAAAAUAGUCAAUAACAAUAACGAUUAUCAAAAUCCAGAUCCAGAUCCAGAUGAAGAUAUGUCAGAUUGUUUAUCAAGGGUAUCGGUAGAUGGCGUUAUGAAAGCACCACCUCAAAUACAAGUUAUAGAACCUGAACCUUACGACAAAAACAAGAUCUAUUCACCAAGUAUAAGUCAUGAAGAACCUGAAACUAUACAAUACAAUAUUAGAGCAUUAUCCAAACACGCUGUGACAUACGAAUUGGAGAAAUUCGAAAAGAAUUGCCUAAUUAUAUUCAAUCAAGAGAAUGUUGACGGUUUCAAACCGAGACAUGGUACGGAGAAAGAUGUACAAGCUCUCAAAUCUACGUUUACUAAUUAUGGUUUCGAAGUCACGGAACAUAAGGAUUUUACUAAAGAUGAAGUUUUUAGAGAAUUAAUGACGUUCAGUGAGAGAGACUUCACGGACUACGGUUGUGUGGCUGUGGCGGUGCUUACUCACGGUUCACAUCACGGUCUUCUGCGUGCUAAAGACUUACCUUACAGCGAGAUUGAGAUUAUCAACCAUUUCAAAGUGUACAACAAACCUACGCUCGUCACUAAACCGAAGAUCUUGAUUAUACAGGCAUGUCGGGGUAAGAACGAAAUGCAAGGUGUCCCGGUUUUUUACAGAGGGACCGUAAGGAAAGAUUUUGACGAAUCCUUAGAACCCUACACACUACCAGCGGAGUCCGAUAUGUUGAUAUUACAUAGUUCUUACAUCGGACAUCCAUCACACAGAGACGAACUCUAUGGUUCAUGGUUCAUCCAGACAUUAUGUCAUAAGAUCAACCAAUUAGCUGCAACACAUGAUUUCGAAUCUAUUGUCACAGAAGUAAAAAGAGAAGUUGCUGUUGAGAAAUACCAUGAAGAAUACAACAGAAGAACAUUUGAGAUGGACGUUAAUAAACAAAUGCCUGUCACUACAUCGACAUUGAUAAGGAAAUUAUAUUUAAAGAAAUAUGGAGACGAUUCACCCAAUUUAACUCCUACGUAUAACAGAUCUGGUGUUUCAAGUAAUGAAGUUUUAGAUAAUAGUGGUCCGAGCACACCACUAUUGGUGCAUUUCGGACCGUGCUCCUGUUUCUUAGACCAUUUUGCGUACGUCAGAAGAUGUUUGAGUUACCACGUUGAAGAGAAUCCACAUGACAUAACAGCGAGGUCUUAUUUAGAGAUAUCGGAAUCUUUUGAGGAUAGCACUGAAUUUAAUACAGCUAAGAGAAAAAUGGCCAAAGCUAUAAGCAAUCAUUUAAAUACAUGCGCGAAAGAUGCAUAUUAUUUUAAAUAUUUAUAUUUUUAUAAAAAAUGUCCAAAAAGGUUGGACGCAUCCUCGAGGCCGCAAGAUAAUUCGAAAAAAUCACUAAGAUCGAAUAAACGUAUCCCUGUGUGA